AAUGAAUUGGUCGACUGGAAAUUACCGUUCUGGAAUGGAGCUCAAGAAGACUCCGAUUCAAAACCAUUUGGUUCGGUUCAGACUCCCUGAAUAAUCCAGAAUAUAUUGCAAGUGAUAAUUCUGAUUAUUUUGAUGGUUCUGUCAGCUCCAGAGAGCCAGAAAAUGUGAAAUAAAGGGGCACUAUUUUAUUUUUCGUCUGUUUCCCACAGGGCCACUAAAAUUAACAGUCUGACUUUCCGUAUGGGCCACAGCGGGCGGGCUGUUCUAUAUAAUUUAACAUACUAUCGGGCAUCUGGCCUAGAGAACUUUGAAAAUCUGACAGCGAUAGUCGGUCAUUGGUAACCGCCGUGGCCUACCAAGAACUACAAUGAUCGUUCACCAUUGACCGCCAUGGCGCUUAACGUGUUUAAGGUAGGUUUUAGUGGAAAACAUUUUCUUAUAAUGAUAUGAUUGUUAUUUGUCAAAAUUUGACAUUGUUUUUAAUUUUUUGAUUAAUUUUUUUGAAUUUUCUACACUCAUGUUCCCAAGAGACCUUGCCGGCCACAUACAAUUGGAGAAACUCAAACCCGACAGGCAUUUUUCGGACGAAAUUCGCCAUAUCAAAUGUCCGAUAAUCAAAUUGGUCAAACGGCAAAUUGAAAAUUCGGACAAUGUAUUUUGCGUACGAGCCGCGAGAAACAAGUCGUUGAGUCAGCAAAUAUGGAAGCACAGGUGGACGAUAGUGCAAUGGUUGGUGGUAUUCCUGGUGAUGGUGUGCCUGUUCUUUUUCGGGGCGAUGCUAGGGGCGGGCAUUUGCUCUUGCAAUUUAUCUCAGCACAGUUUGCCUUGUACAGGGAUGUUUUCAUUUUUUCCUGGGUUCAAUAUUGCCAGGACACGUACAUUUAUUUAUUAGUGUAUAUUAUACCUAUUUUUUAAUUAUUUAUAAUUAUUGGUGAUAUAACAUUAUAUAUAUUAUGAA